AUGGAAAAGGAAAGAGCAGAACAAGAGGAAAGAAGAAAGCAAGAAGAAGCUAGGCAAGUGAGAUUGUGGGAGAAGGAGUUGAAGAAGGUCAAGGAAGAGAGGAAGGAGGGAAAGAAGAGUGCAGUGGAGGCUUUGAGGAGUCAGUUGGCUGUGUUGAAGGUCGAUAAUGGCGAGGGACCUUCUUUGGGCAGAAGAAAUUGGUCGGAGGAUCUUGAUUGA